UUUUCUGCCGCUUUUGCGGAGUUUUAUUGCGACUGAAUGACAUGCGAUCGAGUAUGCGAUACACUCUCAUUCCAGGAACGUGACCUCACGUUCAGAGGUUUGGGACAAAAUGUCACGUUCGUUUGAGCAUUGUAUCACAUUCGUUUGAAUGUGCACACCCUCAGUAUCUUACGCAUGACAAGUAUACGUAACUUACGAUGAAGUCAGAUUCAUCGUAAUUACGUACAACAACAUACAUAAUACGCUUGGAUGUAAGCGUAUUAUGCUCACAUUCAAGACGUAGUCUAAAAGGAAACCUGUUACGCAUGAUUUUAAGCGUAAGACAUGCGUAAUACAUGCUCUUACGAUAAAAGAUGCGUACAGGGAUUUGUUUAUGUUCACACCAUCGUAAGGGACGUUCAAAUUUUAAAUAAUGGUAAAUCUUCUACUGAAAUAAGAAAAAAUUGAAUCUUUUCUCAUUGAACCUAGGAAUAAUACGUGUUUGAUUAGAGGGGGGAAGGGGCAAUCAUUUCAAUGGGUACUGAAUCAAAAUGCUGCCAUGAGAAUCUUGUUGUAGCACUCACCAUUGGGUUGAAUCCUAUGAAAGCUAUCCAAACUAUUCACAGCAUGAUUGAAUGGGUGGAAAUGUCGAGACCUCCACGAAAGAGCUACGAUGGACGUUGUGACUGGGAAUGUUGCUCACAGCCAAACGCAACCGUAACGCACAAACUAUUGCAUUCCACUUGUGGUUAGGUAGCCGGCAAAGCAACGAUGUUUCUCGGACGUCAUGAAAAGAACAGCACUCUUUGUCCCAUUGGCACACUCCAGGCCGCUUUAAAUAAUACAUUUUAACCGUGUCUCGAAGGCAAAACUGCCGCAUAACAAUAAAGAUAUCACUUUAAGUCGACGCUAAAAGUUAUAAGUGAACUGUCAACUAAAUAAAAACAACAGCAACAGCUAGCAGACGUUCGGUCUUUCAUUUGUUUUCUCUGUAAAUACACAUUCGAUCUGCAAAUAAUGACUUUUUAGGUUACCCGAAUUUUUUACAUUUCAAAAGAAAAAACAGCAAAUGUUUACUCGGAAAUUAAAUGAGUAAAACAAAAACAUACGAACGAAUGUUGACUGGUGAGUGUGCGAUAGAAAUAACUUCGUUUUCAGUGGUGGGAUGGGUCUUUUUGGCGUUGGUAACACUGUUUUUGCGUUUUCCCACGCUUUGAACGUCCGGGUCCGCCAUGACACUUUGGCGGUUCGAAAGAUUCGAAGUGGAUUGACGUUAGGCUCGGGCUACCUUGGACGACGCGACAAUCCUCCUUCAAGCGACAUCCUGAUCUUUCUUCGGUGCCUUUGUCGCUGUUUCAACACCACUUGGAUGGGACGAAGGAGGCAGCAAGCAAGCACUGUAGUUACUGUAUCUAAUCAUGGCUUUUGGAAAGGUCAAGGACUUAACCACAUCCCAAUUAGUGGAGAUUCUGCGGUCCAAGGGCAUUAGGAAGGAGGCUCUUUCUACUAUUCAAGGCAAG